AUGGCGCACGCGAACCUGACUGACCGGCGUACGCAAGAGCUAUUCGUCAACCUCAAUGACCUGAUCCAGGGCGGCUCCAGAAACCAUGCCGGGUGGGACCUCCAUCUGCGGUUCGACUUUCUGCCCUCCCCGGCCAUCCACCUCCUGGAAAUGUUCGAGCUCUUCAACCGGCUGCCUGUCACUCUAAACCGCCAGCGCGGGGCGGUACUGCGGCGCGCCUUCCUGAUCCUGGAGGACGUGAUCACGCACGACCCCGUCGAGAUGUUCCGCACCGUCGUCCUGGACGCGCCCCACCUCAUCCCCAGCUUCGACAUCCUGUCCCCUUACCUCGUGCACUUCUACCGGCUGCUCUGCGUCAACAAGAGAGAGGGCGAGCCCAUCACGCGGCUGGCCAGGCUGAUGCAGCAGAUCAUGGCGGGCGCCUCGGAGAAGGAGCUCUUCUGGGGCAUCGGCCGGAUGCACGAACACUGCCUCAACUACUACGGGCACGUCCUCGGGCGGAAGAGCGAGCUCGACCAGCGGGACGGCGUGGACGUGCGAUGCGGCGAGCAAGGCCCCGCGCACCGGCAUACGAUCGAGUGCUACAACGGGGUCCUGACGGACGCCAUCACGCAGUUCGGGCCGGCGGCGGACGAGGUCAUCACCGUGGAGCACAAUCAGGUCGUGGCGACGGCGUUUCUGGACGCUGAGUGGGACGGCUUCCGGGAGCUGUGCGGCAGGCACCUGGAAAGGCUACAUGCUGCGGACGAGGGGCCUAUGGACCAGUGGAAGAGUAAGUCGCUGGAGCGGUAUGCCUGGGUUAAGUACAUCGCAUCCAAGCUGGCGGUCAAGCUCGGAGAUGCAGAGGCCGGGGUGGAGUGCCUAAAGGAGGCCAUCCGUGCCGCCGAGUACUUGGAGGCCCAGGAUAAUGCGUGGAGGGAGAGUGCUUCGUGUCAUGUCCUGCGGUACCAGAUCGAGUUGGAAGAUGUUCUGCGGAGGAUUGAUAGGCUGGAAGAGGCGAGGGAUGUACAGGCUAGUAUCACUUCGUCAAAAUACCUGCGCGACUUGAUGCGGAGGGAUAUGGCUGAAAAUUAUGCCUGUAGAUGA